AGAAUGCGAGUACUGUUCUUCUUGUGUCUUCUCCCAUCAUGCUACUGCGCCUGGUAUAACCACUAUACACAACUCAUAGGAUCGCUAAUAGGAUCGCUACAGUCAAGUGCAGCAACAGUGACACUUCGCUGUGACGGUAAACCGUUCACUAAUGCGAAAAUAUCCAUGUACGAUGCGGAAGUUACUUUCGAUGUAUGGAUGGCUGGACCCGUCAAACCGGACAACUAUGGGAGAUGUCAUCUUGCAGGCUCUAAGCGAGAGAUAAGCAGCAUAGAACCGUACCUCUAUAUCAAGCAUUGGUGCAAACGAAAGGGCCAGUCUCAGGCCUAUGCUGUUGAGAUCUGCAUAGACAUCCCAUCAUAUUGUAUAAGCUAUGGCUCUGAACCAAAGCAAAGCUGCCAUUUCGGAUUGGAGCUCACUGAGCUUUCUCCAUCGCUACCAUGGAAAAAGGGCAGCAGACAAAAAAUGCAUUGGUAUAGGUCUACAGGCUGUAGGACCUAUGAGUGAGGCUCACAGUCCAACUUGAAAAAACGUGUGGAUCGGAUUUGAUUUAGAAGCCAGCUCUUUUACAUAUCAGCAAACACAAAACAGUUGAAUUCAAG